AUGAAGACGAUGCCCGGCUCGCCGCCGUGGGCGGCGGCUCGGGCGAUGUCGAGCGCGCCGUGGACCGCGCGCUCGCCGUUCGCCGCGUCCGCCGCGCUCUCAUCGCGCCGCAUCUCAUCUGUGGACGGGCGAUGCCCCGAGCUCCGCCCCGCCCGUCGCGCGAGCCGGACCCGGCGCCCCUCCCAACACCGCCGACUCGCCACCGCCCCGCGCGAUUACUUUGGCCGCGACGACACGCGGGUCGGGUCCGUGGUCGGGUACUGCGCGCGCGACGGCCCGCCCGUGCUCGCCGUCGUCACCGCGCCGGCGCUCAGGCGCAGGAUCCCCGUGCUCACGCACGACGGCGCCGUCGACGCGGUGGAGCUGAAAUCCGUCGAGUUCGCCGCCACACGGGGGAUGGGUUCGGGGACGAAUGCCGGAACGGAACCCCCGACGAAUGACGCCGCGACGAGCGCGUCGCCGCCCGGAAGCCCUUCAGACGCCUCCAAACGCCUCGCCGCGGUGCACGCCUACGCGACGCGCCUCCUACACGAGCGCCCCGCCCUCGCGGAGCGCGCGUGGCGCCGCGCGCUGGACGCCGCCGUCCCAAACCCCCGCGACGGCGCCAGCCGUGCGCCCGUCGACUGCUCCACGCUCGCGGCGUUCGUCUUCGAUCGCGACGAGGAACCCGCGCUGUGCGAAUCGUCUAACGCCGUGGCGACCGAGGCGAACGUGGACGUGUGCCUCGUGCGAUGCUACGCCGCGCACGUGCUGGCGAGCGACACGCCGGGAAGGUUCAGGCGCCACGGCAAAGGGCGCUUCGCGGCGAGGACGGAAUUGGAGGUGCAAUCCUUCGCCGCCGACGCCGCUUCGCAGGCGGCGGCGGAUUCCGAGCGCGACGCGGCGUGGGCUAAGGUCGGUGAGGCGAUAAACGCCCCGCCGGGAUCCAAACCGCCGCGCACCACCUUUCUCGACGGCACCGUCACGCAGCUGCGCGUGGAGGCGCUCGAGGCGUACGCGCUCGGCGACGGCAACAGGACGUCGGCGCAACGAGCGUCGGCGAUUGAUUUUCUGAAGCGUCUCGGCGCGAAGAUCGGCGAACGGUCGGCGAUGGACACGCUCGUCGCGCUCGGGCGUUGGCGCGGGUACGAGGAGCUGUCGUUCGCGCGACACGACGUGCCGACGGCGUUCCUGAGCGACGCGCUGGAGCACGCGGCGCGGCUGGCGGCGGAGGCGCCGCCCGACGCCGACGGCGAAAUUCGAAAGGACCUCACGAGGCUGCGGUGUUACGCCAUCGACGGCGAGGGGACGGUCGAGGUUGACGACGCGGUGUCCGCGGAGGCCUUACCGGGGGGUAAGAUACGCGUGUGGGUCCACGUGGCGGACGCGACGCGGUGGGUGGGUCUCGGAACGCCGCUCGAGGCGGAGGCUGAGUCGAGGGGUGCGAGCGGGUACCACCCCCGGGGUGUCCUGCCCAUGUUCCCGCUCCCCGUGGCGGCGGGUUUGAUGUCCCUCACGCCGGGCGAGCCCAAGUGCGCGGUUUCGGUGACGGCCGUGAUCGACGAGUCCGGCGCGACGGAGGAGUACUGGGUGGGAACCAGCACGAUUCGCGUCACUCGCGCGGCGACGGAGGGGGAGGUUAUUAAGAUGUUGGCCGAAGAGCCCGGCCGGCACGAAAGCCUGGAGCUGCUCGUCGAGGCGGCGCGUCGGCGACGGGAGCUCCGCCUGAAGCGCGGCGCGGUGGAAGUGCGAACGCCGGAAGCCACCGCGCGGGUGAUCGACGUCGGGGAGGGCGAGGGGUUCGUGGAACGGGACGACAUACCCGGCGGAGUCCGAACCGGGGGGAACCGGUGCGAGCAAUCCGCGACCGCGGUUCGGAGGGCGGAGGCUGCCGCCCUGGACGUCCGACUGACCCGCGGCGACCACAACGACGUUAAGGACCUCGUCGGGGAGGCGAUGAUCCUGUGCGGCGAGCUCAUCGCCCGGUUCGGGUCCGAGAACGGCGUGCCGCUGCCCUACCGCGGGCAGCUCGAGCCGAGGGACAUAUCGCAAAAGACGUGGGACGAGACCCCGCCGGGUUUGUGCCGGGAGGUGCUCAAGCGACACAGCAUGCGCGGCGCGAACCAGGGGCCGACUCCCCGCAGGCACGCGGGUCUCGGGAUCGACGCGUACGUCCAGUUCUCGUCGCCGAUUCGUCGGUACACCGACCUGCUGGCGCACUACCAGGUGAAGGCUUUUCUGCGAGGCGAGACGCCUCCGUUGAACGCCGACGCGUUGUCGACGCGUCUCGACGCCAACGGCGAUCGGACCCGGACGCUGCGCGCCGCGUGCAGGGAGUCCGAUCAGUUCUGGACGAUCGAGUGGUAUCGGCGCGGCGGGGUGGACAAGGACCACGUCGGGACCGUGGUGAAGUGGGUCAAGAAAGAUGCCAACGCGGCGCUGGUUUGCUUCGACGAGACGGGCGUCGAGUGGAAGUGCGUGGUGCGCAAGCGGACGCGACUGGGCGACGCGGUGACGAUGCGCGUGAGGGAGGCUGAUCCGUACUCGGGAAGGCUCAUGUUCGCGCAGGCGAGGUGA